AUGAUGCUGCUCCUAGUUCUUCUACUGCACGUUGUUGCAUCUGAAGUGGUUAGGAUCCCUCUUCAUCCGUUAAAGUCUGCUCAACGCACUCUUAUUGAGUUCGAAACUUCUUUAGAAAAUGUUAAGAAGCUCUGGUUAUCCAGGGUAUCUGGAGUUGAUCCCCAACCGGAAUACUUGAAAAACUACCUUGAUGCUCAAUACUACGGUGACAUAACUAUUGGUACGCCACCUCAGACAUUCAGCGUUGUAUUUGAUACUGGUUCGUCUAAUCUUUGGGUACCGUCAAAAUACUGUAGCUACUUUGAUAUUGCCUGCCUACUGCACAGGAAGUACGACAGUUCAAAGUCUUCCACUUAUGUCCCGAAUGGUACUGAGUUCACUAUUCGUUACGGUACUGGCAGUCUCAGUGGGUUCUUAAGUAUAGAUUCCCUUCAGUUGGGUUCGCUCAGCGUAAAGCGACAAACGUUUGGAGAAGCGACAAAACAACCAGGAUUGGUUUUCGUCAUGGCGAAAUUCGAUGGUAUCCUUGGUAUGGCCUACCCCUCAAUUUCUGUGGAUGGUGUUACUCCUGUAUUCGUAAACAUGAUCCAGCAAGGUAUAGUUAAAUCCCCAGUGUUCUCCUUCUAUCUCAGCAGGAAUAUAUCAGCUGUGCUGGGUGGUGAACUGAUGAUUGGUGGUAUCGAUGACAAGUAUUAUACUGGUGAAAUCAACUAUGUGGACUUAAUGGAACAGUCCUAUUGGUUGUUCAAAAUGGACAAAUUGACUACUUCAGAUAUAACGGUUUGUCCUGAUGGAUGUCUGGCUAUUGCCGAUACUGGCACUUCGAUGAUCGCCGGUCCAACUGACGAAAUACAAAAAAUUAAUGCAAGGCUCGGAGCCACUCGUCUACCUGGUGGUAUUUAUACCGUUUCUUGUGGUAAUAUAAACAAUCUCCCAACGAUUGAUUUUGUAAUCAACGGAAAACCUAUGACAUUAGAACCUACAGAUUAUUUAGUGAAAGUAUCCAAAAUGGGUUCUGAGAUUUGUCUGAGCGGUUUCAUUGGAUUGGACUUGCCGAAGAGGAAAUUAUGGAUACUAGGAGAUAUAUUCAUAGGCAUCAUACCGACUUUUAGGCAUAACAUUCACGUAUUCAGCUUUCAGUCGAACCACUUCAAAUUCAGAAGCUGACUGAGCUUUUCUUGCUUGCCUAGAAUAGGAAGUGAAAAAUAUCUAACUAUGAACUAUACACUUUUUGUGAAAAUCCGUACUUUAUUCAUGAGUAACAUAGAUUUUACUUGUUUUAUUGAAGGAUAUAAAUAAAUACUUUGUCACUU